UUUUGUAUUCCGGUCGUCGCCUUUUUACCGAUCACCGCGACUAGUCGAAAUCUGACUUGCGAGCGCGCAUCCUGUGUUACCUUUCUGUGUUACGCGUUUUUAAUUAUUGCCUCUUGUUUCGUGUACCUGCUCGUGUUGCUUGGACUAUCUAUAUCUUGUUACUUUUUCCUUCUUUCUAUAUUUUGUGUUGGUCUUAAAUAAAAACUUUCUUUGUGUCCUUUUGUGUUUGUAACCAAAUUGCAAAGACAUUAUAUUAUAAUCUAAGACGACUAAAUAGUCACAGCUCAGAACUCAAGCAGUUGACGUUUGAGCUCGUAUUUGCAAUGUUGGUUAGUCUGUGUCUGUUGGCAGCACUCAUCGAAGUCAAAGCGGCUGAUUUUAAUGGGGAAGAUUACUGGCUUCUUCCUCGUCUCUUCGAUCUGGACAACUACGAUGAGUGUCUUUCGCAUCCCGACGGCUUGUACUGCCUCGGCAGUUUCCAUCUUACACCUGCUGAACAACCGAACCAUGUUUACGACUUGAUGACUAACUAUUCAAAGGAAUUGUAUAGGUUCAAUCGCACGGUUAUCCGACGUGGAUGGUGUGUUAGUGUACGCGAGUCGAAUGUAACAGCGGAGCCGAUGAAUAGGUUUGAGCACUGCGCCGCGGAGUGGGCUCGCUCUCGUCGCAUGCGCGCCCGUCUACUCAGACUGGAGUACUGCAAGAGCCAUAGCGACGUACACGCCACACGGAGCCCUGACAAGUCCGAACUAGCCUUUCUCAUUGCGAUAGCUGCGAUAAUAUUAUUGAAUGCAGCCAGUACCGCGUAUGAUUACGCCACUCGGAAUAAUGAGAAAAAGAUUGCUCUCCUAGCCACGUGGUCUGUUGUCGCCAACUGGAGGCAACUAGUUGAACCUUAUAAGUCACAACAGAAAUCCCUACAAGUAGUCCACGGAAUAAAAGUCAUAGCUUGUGCGUGUAUCUGUAUUGUGCAUAGUGCAAUAUUAUUAUAUUCAUUGUUCUUGUACGAACCUAGAGAAAUGGAGCAGGUAAUAGCGAAUCCAUUAACAAUGACGAUCCAGAACAGUACGACGGUCGUGCACAUGUUCAUUGUACUGUCAAGUUUCCUUACUGCUCACAAUCUGUUAAGGUCAGACAAACAGUUUGGUUUCGGUACAUUCUUAAGGUUGCUCGCGAAAAGAAUAAUUAGAUUGAGCCCUGUGUGUUUAUUGGUGAUCGGUUUCGCCGGGACCUGGUGGCCCCGGGUCAGUGACGGACCUCUGUGGCCGGCUGCGGUCGCGGAGCAGAGUAAGAUCUGCCGCGAGAAGUUCUGGUCGCACGCGUUAUUCAUCAAUAACCUGGUGGAACCGGACAAGUUCUGUUUGUUACCGACCUGGUAUAUAGCGGUCGACAUGCAGAUGUCCAUACUAGCAGCUAUCUUAACAAUGAUCCUGGCCAAGUUCAGUAAGAAAGCUGUGCCGAUUCUCGUGAUUCUAUUCAUAGGAGCCAUAGUGUUGAAUGCAGGCUUGGCGUACAUACACGAAUGGAAGUCAAUGUUGUAUUUUGCAACAGUCACAGAAAAUGUCCACACUUUAUUCCGUGAUAUUCCAUCAUUGGGCCACUUUUACAUGUCGCCUUGGGGCAGUCUUCCAGCUUGUAUUGCGGGGCUCACCGUAGGACAUUUGGUCCAUUUUACCGAGGGAGAAACCUUGGGAAACACACACAAGCGACGGCUCCACAAAUUAUUUUACAUUCUGUGUAUACCUAUCCUGGUGGGCUGGUCGAUGCUGGGUAACUACUUCCAGCAUAUCCGGCAUCCGAUCUUCGUAGCAGCGUACGCGGCUCUCGAGAGAUCAUUUUUUCAGAUCAUGUGCAUCCUUGCGUGUAUAGCAUUAGCCAUCAUAAAUAAUUUAAGCUUACACGCAUUCACCUGGCGAGGGUGGCAUCUGUUGGCGCAGCUCUCUCUGCCCGUGAUGCAGAUACACUGGUGCAUAGCGUUGGUCAUCAUUGGUCAAUCGCCUCAGCCGGUUGCGGCCUCGGUCCUUAACAUUCUACCGGUUGGCGUUACCACAAUCUGUUUCACUUAUCCACUGGCAUUGUUAUUGACUUUGUUGGUUGAGCUGCCGAUGAAGAGGACAUUCGACUUUAUUCUUCGUUGAUUUUAUAUACAACUAGCUGACCCGGCAGACUUCGUAGUGCCCCAAUCGAUAAAUAAAAUACCUAAGCUUUUGUAUAAAAUAAACUUAAAACAAACUAAAGGAAUCCGUCCGACGGGGGACACAUCAGAGGAAAAACAACAUUGUUAUUUUUAUUUAAUUCCGAGCAUUUUCAUAUUUAUCUACCUUUUAAACCUUCUCUGGGCUUUCACAAGUAAUUCAAGACCAAAAUUAGCCAAAUCGGUCCAGCCGUUCUCGAGUUUUCGCGAGACUAACGAACAGCAAUUCAUUUAUUACCAUCUUCUUAUUUGUCUAUUACGUGAAUUUGUAUGCGGGAGUUUAAUUGUGAUACUUGUUGGAGAUUAAAUAGUGUUUAAGAUA